GUGACCUUCAUCAACCGAUGACUAUUUUCCACUAACCACAAAGAUAUCGGCACCCUAUACCUUGUCUUCGGAGCAUGGGCAGGAAUAGUCGGCACCGCACUCAGCCUGUUAAUCCGCGCAGAACUGGGACAACCAGGAACCCUGCUAGGCGACGACCAAAUUUACAAUGUAAUCGUCACCGCCCACGCCUUCGUAAUAAUCUUCUUCAUAGUCAUGCCCAUUAUGAUCGGAGGAUUCGGCAACUGACUAGUCCCCCUUAUGAUCGGCGCCCCCGACAUAGCAUUCCCACGAAUAAAUAACAUAAGCUUUUGACUCCUCCCACCGUCAUUCCUACUGCUAUUGGCCUCAUCUACCGUAGAAGCCGGUGCCGGCACAGGCUGAACUGUCUACCCACCCCUAGCAGGUAACCUAGCCCACGCCGGAGCCUCAGUAGACCUGGCCAUUUUCUCGCUUCACUUGGCCGGUGUUUCCUCCAUCCUUGGGGCUAUUAACUUUAUUACCACAGCCAUCAACAUAAAACCUCCCGCACUCUCACAGUACCAGACCCCACUAUUCGUCUGAUCCGUCCUAAUUACCGCCAUCCUACUCCUCCUAUCACUCCCCGUACUCGCCGCAGGUAUCACAAUACUACUAACCGACCGAAACCUGAACACCACAUUCUUCGACCCCGCCGGAGGGGGUGACCCAAUCCUGUACCAACACCUGUUCUGAUUUUUCGGACACCCAGAAGUCUACAUUCUAAUCUUACCCGGAUUCGGAAUCAUCUCGCACGUAGUCACGUACUACUCAGGCAAAAAAGAACCAUUCGGCUACAUAGGAAUAGUCUGAGCCAUAUUAUCAAUUGGAUUCCUUGGAUUUAUCGUCUGAGCCCAUCACAUAUUUACAGUAGGAAUGGACGUUGAUACCCGAGCCUACUUUACAUCAGCUACUAUAAUCAUUGCCAUCCCCACCGGAAUCAAAGUAUUUAGCUGGCUAGCCACCCUGCACGGAGGAACAAUUAAAUGAGACCCCCCAAUACUAUGAGCCCUAGGAUUUAUUUUCCUAUUUACCAUCGGAGGACUAACAGGAAUCGUCCUUGCAAACUCCUCCCUAGACAUCGCCCUACACGACACAUAUUACGUAGUUGCCCACUUCCACUACGUCCUUUCCAUGGGCGCCGUAUUUGCCAUUCUAGCGGGAUUCACUCACUGAUUCCCACUCCUCACCGGAUUUACCCUGCACCAGACAUGAGCAAAAGCCCACUUCGGAGUAAUAUUCACAGGAGUAAAUCUAACAUUCUUCCCUCAGCACUUCCUAGGCCUAGCAGGAAUGCCCCGACGAUACUCGGACUACCCCGAUGCCUACACACUAUGAAACACCGUUUCCUCCAUCGGCUCCCUAAUCUCAAUAGUAGCCGUAAUUAUACUGAUAUUCAUCAUCUGAGAAGCCUUCUCAGCCAAGCGAAAAGUCCUACAACCAGAGCUAACCGCCACAAACAUUGAAUGAAUCCACGGCUGCCCUCCCCCAUACCACACCUUCGAAGAACCGGCUUUCGUCCAAGUACAAGAAAGG